AUGCCGCCUGAACCGGGGACGGCGGACGACGAGCUCGAUAUGCGCUGCCCCGGCGACGACGUGCUGGUACAGAUGGAGUACGUCCCCGAGGGCCGGUUUCUUGGAGGCCCGGCGCCGUGGUUCGCCGCCGCGGGGUGCACGGCCGGCUGCAUGCGGGUCGCCGCCGUGGAGGACCAAGAAGAAGCCUACGGCAAGCAGAUCCUGGUGCUCUACCGCUACGCCCCUUUCUCGGCAUCAUCAGACGGCGAGGUAGCGCGAGGGAACACCAAGGCGCACCUGCUCCGGUUCAUCGCCACCGGCGACCACACGGCGAGGUCGUUGGCGUGGGCCGGAUCGUCUCUUGUCCGGCUGAUAUACCCCAGUGACUUCAGAGAGCAGCUCCAGGAGCUAUGGUCGAGCCUGGCAGCGCAGGUGAGCGUGCUGCCGCGCGCCGCGCGCGUCGAGGUGUUCGUCGACGUCGGCAUCCUCCGGAGGUCGGACUGUAGGCCAGAGCGCGUGGAGCGGAUGCGCGCCGCACUGGAGCGUAUGGCGGAGAAGCCGUGGCCCGGGCGCUUCACAGGCAUGGAGCUGCACCUGCCGGUGCCGAUGCGGUGCGGCCAUUACAAAGACGAAGCCAAUGUUGAAGACGAAGCCGCCAUCGACGACACACACGCCGGAGAACGGCCAGCGAAGCGAAGGAGGGUCGUCGCCGCCGGGGAGGAUUGCGCCAUCUGCUUGCAGCUGCUCAAGGGCGACGACCUCGCCGCGUGGCCCGGGUGCGGCAAGCCCCACGUCUUCCAUGGCGCUUGUUUGGAGCGCGUCCUCGUGGAGAGCAAGACGUGCCCUAUGUGCAGGCACAAGCUAUACAUCGAACCCAAACUGUAA